AUGCCAAAUGUGAUCCCUGUGGAGCCAGUGUCUGACACCAGGACUAUGGGACAUGAAGUGCAAGGCCAUGGUCGGGGCGCCACAAUCACCGUGGGUCGACCCCGGUUGGAGAUGCGGAGCCAAAUCGGUUUCCUGGAUGAGCAAUCCGCACUCGACCAGGACACUAUUUCCGAGACCUUGAGACUGUUGCUUGGCGACAUUGUCAACAUCAAUGUAUUCCGCCAACUUCUCGAGCUUGACGAGCCCGGUCAGGGAGACUUCAGUCAAGCCAUUAUCGUGGAAUACAUCCAUCAAGCUGAUGAAGUAGUAGCGUCUAUGUCUCAAUUGCGCCUCUCCGCUCACUUUCUCGGCGGCUCAUCUGCUGCCCUGGGCUUGGUCAGGGUACAGUCAGCCUGUGACACUCUGCAACAAUGUUGCAACACAGAGGUAUCGAAUGGAAUGGAUGGCGAAAAUGUAGUGCAUAGCCUCAGACGUUGCUCGGAAGCGUUGGAGCUGCUGAAGGCCGAUUACGUUGAGGUACAGGUGAGGUUGAGGACAGUUUUGCACUACCUAAUGCAGCGAGAUGCGGUGAUAGUCACUCUGAACCAGGAAAAGGCUUCUUUGAACUAA